AUGGCUGUAAAGAAUUUCUUUGUAGAGCAAUUUCCAAAACUCGUCGCACGCCUGAGAAGGACAAAGUCUGACAAUGAUGAAUCCAAGGAGACACCCAAAUACACCACCAUCUGCGAGAGACUGACGGGCCCGAAUGGCCACAUGGCAACGCCGGCUGCUGAAGGCUUGCUCGGGGGCUUCAGGCGUAACAGAGACGGAUCGAGAUUCAGCGAGGUUGUCCAGUCCCAGGAGCAAGCCAGCCCGAAUAGUACCAGGUCGCACAUAGUGUUCGCCGAGCUGCCUAGUCGUCGAUCUUCGAUGGAAGGAAAGAGGACGCCGCCCAGACCCCCGACUCCAUAUCCUGAGGAUGAUGGCCGCACAGUCGACAGGGAACCUCAGUGGCAUCUUGCGAGAGCCUGGACUGCGCAGAGCAAGUGA